GAUAAAAGCCCCGCGCGGCGGCGGCUUCCGCCUUUUGAGAGGCCCGAAGGCUGCCGAGAUGGCGCCGAGGUGCUGAAGGCUCCCUGAUCCUAUUCAUUUGAAUGGAGCUGGGGGUGCUCAAUACUUCUGAAAAUCUUCCAUGGUGUCACCUUUUUUGGUUAGCACAUCUGUGCCUAAAGUCUCCAUCUUCUGAGCAUGUUUUGUUGCUGUACUGUCUGUCCAUUUUGGGAGUUGGCCAAGUUGACUUUUAAUGCUAAUUUGCAAAGAGACAGAAAGUCAAAAAAAUCAGCUUGGAAGUUUAGCCUUGACCUCACCCAUCCUGUAGAAGAUGGAAUAUUUGAUUCUGGAAAUUUUGAACAGUUCCUAAAGGAGAAGGUUAAGGUCAAUGGAAAAACUGGAAACCUGGGGAACAUAGUUCACAUUGAACGGUUUAAGAACAAGAUCACAGUCGUUUCUGAGAAGCAGUUCUCUAAAAGGUAUCUGAAAUACCUCACAAAGAAAUAUCUCAAGAAGAACAAUCUUCGUGACUGGCUUCAUGUGGUCGCAUCUGAUAAGGAGACAUAUGAGCUGCGCUACUUCCAAAUCAGUCAAGAUGAGGAAGGAUCAGAGUCUGAGGAGUAAAUGAAGCUUUUACUGAAAACUUUAUAUUCUUAAACAGCGUACAAAAGACUAAACAUCUAUUUAUGAAAGCACUUUAACUUAUUGGUGAAUAAAGGUUUUGUACACUGUUUCAAAAAAAGUUCCUGCUGAAAUGUGGUCAGCGUCAGCUUACUAACCUUCCUUGCACUUUCAUUCACAGUAAAAGGCCAGUGUAGAGACUUGUAUUUUGUUUGCAAUUCUCUUUCAGCAGGGUAAAUCAGGAGUAACUUAUGAAGUCAGUGGAGUUCCAGUGGUGUAGUAAAACUAGUGAAAGAGAGGAAAAUUGGGCACUUUGCGCUUGCAUUUACAUUAAAUUUGCAUACAUUCAGAACACAUACUCACAUUUGGGUUUUGGCAUGCACAUUCUUAUAGGACUUCUUGUGACUCUAGAAGGCCUUUGACCACUAUAUUGUUUUAACACUAUAUUGUUCAAAUUAGGUAAAAUAAGGAUUGAAGGUGUAAUGUACAUAUAUAAUUAUAAAAGAAAAGCAAGAUUUUGAUGUUCAAGAAUGUAAUCUGCUUAUAUACAGAAAAUAAUGAGUAAAGUCCCAUGGGCUAACA